AUGUCUCAAGCUCCAAACCGGGUCAUUAUGUACGGAUACUACUAUCUGUCUUCGUGUUCCUGGCGAGUCCGGGCAGCACUGCAGUACAAAAGGAUCCCCUUUGAGGAGAGAUCCGUGGAUAUUGUGAAGGCAAGACAGCAAAGCACUGAGGAGUACCGAGCCAUCAAUCCUGCGCAAAAAGUUCCAGCUUUAGUUAUAGAUAAUGUGACAUUGGUGGAGUCUAUGGCUAUCUUGCAAUAUUUGGAGGAUACUCGCCCCGAGCCGACCCUCACUCCGAAAACCCCUCUACUAAGGGCCAAGAUGACAGAACUUUGUGAGAUUGUAGUGUCAGGCAUUCAGCCUUUACAAAACGUCGGUCUGAGGCCCCACUUUGAGUCCUUACAGAAGUACCAGAAGUUCACGAAAUAUUGGACUGAACGAGGCUUGCAAACUUUGGAGGACCUGGUUCAAAAGUCAGCAGGAAAAUAUUGUGUUGGAGACCAGAUCACAAUGGCUGACAUAUGUCUCGUACCACAGCUUUAUAACGCGGUUAGCAGACAUGAACUGGACCUGAGCAAAUACCCGACAGUUUCGAAACUCUAUCAGACAUUGUUAAAUGAAAACUUUUUCCAGCAAACACACCCUAAAAAAGUGAAAUCAAAAGUUUAAAGGCAAAACAAUAUUCAAAUUACUUAUUUUAUUUGUAUGUAUUUUUUUAACUAAAACACUGUGACAUGCACAAUGUUCUAACAAAAUAAAAUACACUUCACAAAAUAUACCUGUAUCAAUACGGAACUGAAUUAAAAACAUAUUUGAUAAAUCA